UCGCCGCGCUGCGCCGCCCGCCACUUUUUCCCUGAGUAGUAGAAGCGUCAAGUCAAUAACGUUUUGCAAACGCCGAAACUUUGUUAGAGUUCUAUUGAUAAACCGUUUCUGUAUGAUUAUUCUCCAAUAAUGGCUGGUAUUAAAUCUCUUGCCGUGAGAGGCAUACGAAGUUUCGGUCCGGAGAAAAACGACGAACAACGCAUCACAUUUCAAACCCCUUUGACGCUUAUAUUGGGUCAAAAUGGUUGCGGCAAAACCACGAUUAUUGAAUGUUUACGCUAUGCUAUCACAGGGCAAAUGCCUCCAGGUAGCAGUGAUGAGUGUUUUGUGCAUGAUGCUAAAGUAAAUAAAUCGACAGAAGUCCUAGGAGAGGUCAAACUGGAGAUCUUAGCUCCAAACGAUGAACAGCUAGAAGUUACCCGCGCCAUGCGUGUGACAGCCCUGCCGGACCGCAAGGUCAAGUUCCAGGCCCUCAGCUCGACACUGCGGCUGACCAAUGAACAUGGGGAGUGUAGGGAUGUCACAUUGGAUAUGGAUCUACGUAUGCAUAAUGCUCUUGGUGUCUCCGAUGCCAUCUUGAACUCCGUCAUAUUCUGUCACCAAGAAGACUCAACCUGGCCAUUGGAUGACGGUCAGAAAGUCAAAGAGAGGUUCGAUGAGAUUUUUGAUUCGGAGAAGUACAGCGAGUGCUUCGAACAUUUAAAAAAGCUGAGGAAGGAAUACAGCCAUGAUAUCAAAUUGCUCGAACAAGAAGUAGACCAUCUUUUUGAGAAGAAAGAAGAGUUAGAAAAGAAGAAGCUAGACGUAGAGAACAUAGAAACUCUGAUCACGGAAGCCAAUGCCAAAAUAGAAGAGAUGACUAAGGAGUUAGAAGAGGUGUCCGCUAAGUUGGAAACUAUUAAGACUAUGGAGAAGAGCAUUGUGGGGCUUGAGCAUAAGAGGGAUAAGAUUAAAGUCAAGUUGGAGAAUUUCCAGACUCAAGAAAAGGAAUUGAAGAACACCAUCAAAUCUUUGUUUGAAGGAAAUGUUGAAGAAUUAAAAGAAAGCAUUGCAACCCACGACCAAACAGUAAGAGACAAACAAAAAGAGUUAAUAGAGAUUUACGAAAGGAAGUCAGCCUUCGACAAGGAGCGAGAGAAGAUAGAGAACGAGAUGACCUACAACAAGGUUAAACUGAACGAGUUUAACUUCCUAGAGAACCAGAAUAAAGAGAAGGUUGAUAGGAGGAAUAAGUUGGUUGAAGAGGCUAUGGUGUUAGCUGAAAUGGAAUCAAAGAAGAUACAAUCAGAAGAAGAAGCAGACAAGGCCAUCAAAGAUUUACAACAAAAAGUGAAAGAGCUGAACAAGGAUCUGACCACUACCCAAUCCCAGGCUGAUGAUGAGGCGAACAAGUUGCAGUCUCACGUUAACGCUUGUAGAGAUGCUCUGUCGCGACACAACGAGAAAAUAUCAAACAAGGAGCUGGACGUAGAAACGGUCAAGAAACACAUUCUGAAGAAGGACAACGAAAUAAAUGACGCCAACGUGUCCCGGUCCAGGCUCGUUGAGAUCGAAACCAAGUUGAAGGCCGCUGAGGAUGAACAUCAGGCUGCCAUAGAUGAAUUAAACACCGAAGAGCUACAGAAGGAAAUGACUGAAGACGAGAAAUUGAUUGAACAAAAUGAAAAAGAGCUUGAAGAGUUGAAUCAGAAGGUAACCAAACUCCAAAAGCAAUCCGCCAAGAUAGCUGAACGCGACACCAUAGACCGCUCCAUCAAAGACAAGCAAGACCAGCUAUCCAAUCUUCUGUCUAAACACAGCGCAACCAUCACAGAGCUGCUUGGUACCUUGCCGGAGGAGAAUUAUGCUGUUGCGGUGAAUAAGGUUGAAGCGGAGUGGAGAGCGGAUGUGAAGAGCAGCAAGCAGAAGCUUAAGGAAAAACAGAAGGAGUUAACCAGCCUGGAAGCGGAACGCAAGACAGUAGGCGAGAUGCUCUCAGAAAAGCGCGCUGAGAUCGUCAAAUCGGACGCCAAGAUCAAAAAGGCUUGCGGCAACCAGACGUAUGAUGAGACCCUUAAGGAGCUCACUAGUCUAGUUGAAGAUUUACAGGAAAAACAAGCCGUAUUGCAAGCGUCAACUGUCGUCAUCGAUAAGUACAAGAGUUUGUUGAAAGACACCAGCUGUUGUCCGCUGUGCAACCGAGGGUUUAACUCUGACCACGAGGUGACAGACCUCAUAUCCUCGCUAGGGAAGCAAGUCUUGAACGUUCCUGCCGAACUAGAGAAGGUCACAGAAGAGCUACAACGUACUUCGGCAAAGAAGGACGAGUUACUUGCACUGAAGACCGUCAAUGGGAAGAUGUCAAGCUUGAGAGACAAGGAGAGGGAUAUAGACACAAGACUAGAGGGACUUGAUGAGAGAAUCAAAGCCCUCAAAACAACAGUUGAAGAGCUCACAGCAGCGCUCAAAGAGCCUGAACAGAAACUGCAAAACCUCAAGCAGAUAUCAGGAGACAUGCCGCUCCUGGACCGCUACAAAACUGAGAUCGCCAUAUCUACUAAGAAAUUAGAGGACAUCCGCUCUCAAUGCGACAACGGACUAGACACCGACAUGACUCUAGAAGAAGCGAGCAGCCGCCAGCGCGACCUGCGACACGAGACCAGCACGCUCCGGACCAGGGUCCGGACCAGCCAGAAGAAACUCAACGCUCAUCUUCGCAAGCUGCAGACCAAGGCUGAUGCCAAGAGCAAGCUGAAGGAGAAAACACUCAAUAUUCAAAAAAAGGUCCAAGGCAUUUGCACUCUCCAAGAGGCGAUCAAACAACUAGAAGAAGACAAGGACCGAUACAAUGGAGAACUGAAAGAGUUGCAGGCAGCUACGGAGGGCUUCAAGAAGGAUUUACAAGACAAGGAGGAUGCUAAAACAGAUGCUGUCAAAAAGAACAGAUUAAUAAUAGAAUCAAAGCGGAACUACAUCGCUAAAGUGGUGAAAGCCGUGGACAGAAUCAAGACGGUACUAUCCGAGUUACGCCAGCACGAGGAAAAGAAGAUCCCUCUGCAGAUGAAGAUGUUCAACGAGCUGAACGACAAGUUGUCAGACAAGAGGAAACAGAUACUUAUUGACGAGAGCGUGUUGGGGAAGCGGAGGCAUAUCUUGAGGGACGAAAUUGCUAAGCAAGAGCUCAACCAACGCGACUUGGCUGACAACCUCAAACUGCGCGGCAUCCAGACAGACAUAGAAAAUUGCGAGAAAGAGAUCUCCGAGAUAGCGGAGAAGACCAACGGUUUCAACAUGGAUCUGCUGAAGGAAAAGAGUGCCCUUGCAACUAAGGACAAGCAGAUUAGCAAGGAGAGGGAACAGAAUAGAGGGAAAUUGAGCGCGCAUAAAGAUAGACUGAAACAGUGCAAGCAAGACUUACAAGACAUGAUAGACGAAGGCAUAGAGAAGACCUACAAGGAGAAAUACUACCAACUCACGGUGACCAAGGCCGUGAGCAAAGACAUUAAAGAUUACUAUAUGGCGCUCGAGAAGUGCUUGCUAGAAUUCCAUAAGGAGAAAAUGAAGAAUAUCAACCUUAUUGUAAGAGAAAUGUGGAGGAAGAUCUACAGAGGAAACGACAUAGACUAUAUUGAGAUAAAGACUGAUGGCGGCUUAAUGGAAGACACGGACCGGUACAAAUAUAACUACAGAGUGGUGCAGUGCAAGAACGGCGUGGAGAUCGACAUGCGCGGGCGCUGCUCGGCGGGACAGAAGCUGCUCGCCUGUCUCAUCAUCCGUCUAGCGUUGGCGGAAACCUUCAGCACCAGAUUCGGCGUCCUAGCACUAGACGAGCCAACUACAAACCUGGACCAGGAAAACAUAAAAUACCUGUGCAUGGCGCUCAACGAAAUAGUCCAAGAGCGAAUGAGUCAGAAGAACUUCAUGUUUAUCAUUAUCACGCACGACAAGGAGUUUAUCGACUCGCUAGGACAUAUCGACCAGGUGUCCCACUACUAUGAGGUGUCGAGAAACGGCAAGGGCAAGUCUGAGGUGAAGAAAGUGUGCUUCUCUUAAUUUGUAAUCUCAAAAUUUAAAGACUUAUGGUAAACAAUUUGUCACCCUGACAGUCUAAUUUGUCCACUAUUUUCACAAAAGAAUGCGACCCUGUCUAAAACAUGAUUCAUCCAUUAAAUCGAUAAGUUUCCUGGGUUAUUUUCGUUUACCUACACCCAAGGAAUCCAAGUAUUUAAAAUAACAUUUUUAUUACCUGGACUUCUUAUUAAAAUUAUAUAUUUUUGUUCGUAAAGGUUGCUAAAGUUGCUAAGGGCUGUGUUUAAGGGAUUUAAUUUGUAUUUUCAAAUCGAUGAUGAAUAUUGGUUUGUUUGAAUUUCCAUUAUUAUAUGAAUGUGAUUUAUAAAAUAUCUAAUUAAUAAUUGAAGAUUGAGUACCUAUACUCAAUAGGGUUUACCAUACUGUUUUCUAAAUUUAUAAAUUUCUUAUUUUUUGACAUUUUAUUUCGAUGAUAGAACUUGUGCGAAUUAGUCUGAUAAUAUUGUGUAAGUGAUUAGUGCAAUAUGUUUAAUUAUCAUCAAAAAACAUAUGCGUAAGUGGCAAAAUUUUCAUACGUAUAUUACUUAUGGCAAAUCUGUUAACCCUUUAUUUGGUCAUGUGCAUUACAAUGAACAUAUUUUUUUACCAUUUUUUUUGCUAUUCUUUCAGAUUGUUUGGAAUUACAAUCUUUAUUUCUUGUAUCAAAUAAAGGGUUACUGUAGUGCUAAAAUAAUAGUCAUACAAAUGUAUGAUUUCUCCAGUAGAAUAAAUAAAAUGUUUGCGGGUUGUUUGUUGGCAACUAAACUAUAAUUAGUGAACAUCUAUAUGCUUACUUAAAAAAGCUCGUAUCCUCGUAAGGCCCACCAUACAAUAUUCUCCUAUUUUUAAUUUGAACCUUGUAUAGUAAAUUGGAAUGAAUUUCGUUUGUUUGGGAAAGCAAUGAACCAAAAUCAAUGCUACUUGAUUUGCUUUAGGACCUAAUUAGAUUGAAGCGGAGUGUACACUGUAAUGCACAUUGGGUCUUACCGGGGAUCAAGUAUCAAUUCAGAACUAAGACUAGUUUUUUCGAGUAGCGACCGAUGUCCACAUAGGUGUCUAAAUGGCAUAAUAAACAUGUAAACUGAUGUGAUCAUAAUUAAUGAUUACUGAUCAUACAUAUGUGACGUUUUCAACCAAAAGGUACCACAUUGUCGCUUGUCGAUAAGGUUGAUUUCGAAUUGAAGCUAUAUAGAAAUAGCGCCUUAUUGACAACCGACAAUAAGUACCCUUUUGGUUAAAAAUGGCACAUAUAUCGCUGAUACGUACUCCUCAUCGUAACUUUUUAUAUACUAUUGAGUAAAGUGGUUAACACGGAAGAGUUCAGCUUGCUAACAAUAAUAUUAUUGGCACGGCAUGAACAAAUCAAACAAUAAUUUCAGACCAAUACAAAUUAUUAUUGUUAGUAACUUUGUAUUUGUAAACUAGAAACCUAAAUAAGAUCCUAAUACAUAUUAAAUCACAUUUAGAAACGGGUCUAUCGCGAAUUUAUUUUGUUACCUUUAUUUACCGACGUUUCGACACAGGUUUCACUGGUCGUGGUCGCGGCUAACUCCUAAUAAUACAAGAGUUAUAGCAAUAAAGCGCUAUGUUCGCUAUAUAUAGGGAUCGUUUAUUCAUUUACGUACAGCGUUUGAAAGGUCAAGAAAGUAUUGUAUUGUGUGCUCGAUUGUAAACAUAAAUGUGACGUUUUCAAGCAAUAGGUACCACAUUGUCGCUUACCAUAAGAACGAAAGCUAGUAUCUUUAUAAGAAUAACCUGCCAGAGCGUCUUUAUGGCAAGCGACAAUGUGACACAUUUUGCUUGAAAACGACACAAAUAACUGUUGUGUAUGUGAGCACGUACUGCGGGCAUUGAUUUUUUUUAAGGCUCCUAAAUAUCCCUUAAAUUACAUCAGGAUGCAUGUUAUUUGUCAAACGGGCCGUACAUUUCGUGAAUGUUUUAAAAAACAUUUUUGAACGUGUUAGAGAAAGUAUUAGUGUUUUUUUUAACUAUGCCCCACGUACGAAUUAGAUUUCAAAAUAGUUUCAUAAUCUUCAUUAAAAUGUUCGUAAUGUAGGUACAUACCUAAUUCAUGUCAUAUUUCCAAAUAGCUGUAAGGAAAGGUGAAUUAGCUAUCAACUAGAAAUAAACAGAUUUCUAUUUAA